AUUUCGCCAUAUUGGGUAAACCACGUUAUUUGCCGGUAACUAUCAACAUAUUUACAGCUUUUCUUUCUGUUUUGUGGUUUAUACGUGAAAGGGACGAUAUUUUUGUUCUUUUUGAACGUUCUUAAAAGGUGGGUGUAAAUCGUGUCAUCAUGCCACCAAAGAAAAAGGAUGAAGCCACUGGUCCUCCUCCUCUCAUUGGGAGGAUGGGGACUAACUUAAAGAUUGGAAUUGUAGGCUUACCAAAUGUGGGGAAGUCAACAUUUUUUAAUGUUCUAACCAAAAGUGCUGCAACUGCUGAAAAUUUUCCUUUCUGUACCAUUGACCCAAAUGAAAGUCGCGUUCCAGUACCGGAUGUGAGAUUUGAUCAUCUGUGUACCCACUACAAACCUGCUAGUAAGGUACCAGCCUACCUGAACAUAGUAGACAUUGCCGGACUUGUUAAAGGUGCACACGAGGGAAAGGGUCUUGGAAAUGCCUUUCUGUCCAAUAUAAGUGCUUGUGAUGGAAUCUUUCAUGUUGUUAGAGCUUUUGAUGAUGAAGAAAUCGUACAUGUGGAAGGUGACGUUGAUCCCUCUAGAGAUUUAGACAUCAUUCAUGAGGAACUGAUGUUUAAAGACCUGGAGUAUCUCGACAAACAUUUAGGAGGAAUGGAAAGAACGGUGGCUCGGGGAGGCGAUAAAUCCAAAAAGCCAGAAUAUGACUGUCUAAGUAAAGUGAGGGAUUUACUGGAGAAUAAAAAGUGGGUCAGAAUGGGAACAUGGGAUUCUAAAGAGAUUGAGAUAUUGAAUCAUCAUUUAUUUUUAACAUCAAAGCCUGUGAUAUACUUAGUUAAUCUGUCAGUGAAAGAUUAUACGAGAAAGAAAAAUAAAUGGUUGGUAAAAAUCAAGGAAUGGAUUGACAAGAAUGACCCUGGAGCCCUGGUGAUCCUGAUGAGUUGUGCCGUCGAACUGAAGUUGAUGGACUUGACAGAGGAGGAACAGAAACAAUACCUAGAGGAAGCCAAAAUCACCAGUGCCUUAGAGAAGAUCAUUGUCAAUGGAUACAAGGCAUUAAACCUACAGUACUUCUUCACCUCUGGCAAAGACGAAGUGAAAGCUUGGACAAUCCAGAAGGGAACAAAGGCGCCUCAGGCUGCUGGAAGAAUCCACACUGACUUUGAAAGAGGAUUCAUCAUGGCUGAAAUCAUGAACUAUGCUGACUUCAAGGAAUUCGGAUCGGAGGCAGAGUGCAAGGCCAACGGGAAAUACCGACAAAAAGGAAGAGAGUAUGUAGUGGAGGACGGUGACAUUAUUUUAUUCAAGUUCAAUGCUGGUGCUGGACUCUCCGACAAAAAGAAGAAGUGAUGAAAGAGGAGUAACUCUGAAUGUGUUUUGGGGAAUUUACAAGGACAUUAACUCGGAAUGUGAUCUUUGCGUGGCAUGAUGCAGACGAUUGAAAUUGUUAAAUUGAUGCUCCUCCUGUAUUUAUUCGAAUGGCAACAGGGGCAGGGGUUCAUUGAAGAGAGAUAAAAAGAAAUGUCUUUUUGUCUUCAUUCUAUGUUUAAUAAACAUACACAUGUAAAAUAAAAGUAUUUAGAAAAUUU